AAUAGACAUAAGUUUGCAUAUACAAAAAAAAAAACAAUAAAAAAAAUAUGAUGAAGUGAUUUAAGUGCUAGUUGGAAAUAAAAUUACAAAUGAAAUUGAUGACAUUGUGUUGCUACGUUUUUUUUUUAUAACUGUAUUGUGUACAUAAACAAAUAUUUCGGAACGAUGUCUUUAAGCAAUAAAAGCAAUAUUAGCGAAAAGGAAAUCGACGAUGAGGAUAUGCUAUCACCCACGAAAAUAUCAACGAAUCUUGUCGUACGAGUAAAUCAAGAUUCUGACGAUAAUUUGCAAGCAUUAUUCGAUAGUGUAUUGAAUCCAGGAGAUGCGAAGCUUCCAUUGCAAUUACCAUUUCGUAUGCGCAAGCUACCAAAUUCAUUUUUCAAUCCUCCGGCACCGCUACACUCGCGUGCAAACAGCGCCGAUUCCACAUACGAUGGCUCCCAAACUAAUAUCAACAAGACUGCCCAGCCAGAAAUACAGCCAUCUCUCACACAAAACCAGCCAUCACACAGCCGUCUGACAAUACAUCAUUUUCGUGCGCGCAGCAGUCCGGCGUCCCUACAGCAGAACUAUAAUGUUCGUUCCCGAAACGAGUCGAGCGCCAACAACAACCAAGGGCCAGCAUAUCCCGAAAAUAGUGUCGAUUUCGCCAGCAGUACGGCAAAUAAUAUCGAUUUAGACGUAAUCAAUACAUGUAUGGGACCAGGACCGGAUACUUCAUUAGCCACACAAACCACAAUUCAUAAAAAGCAGAGAUCAUAUGAUGUCGUCAGCCCGAUUCAACUACAAAGUCAAUUAGGUGCCUUACCGCCUGGCUGGGAGCAAGCUAAAACUAACGAUGGACAAAUUUACUAUUUAAACCACACCUCAAAAACAACGCAAUGGGAGGAUCCACGAAUUCAGUUUCGCCAACAGCAACAACGAGCCUUAACUGAUCGGAUAAAACCAAAUGAUGUUAUACAAACGACAAAGCCAACUAGCGCAUCGACUAUAGCUACUCAUAUUGGUCCACUACCCGAUGGUUGGGAACAAGCUGUUACUGAGUCUGGAGAUAUUUAUUUUAUAAACCAUAUUGAUCGAACGACUUCAUGGAAUGAUCCUAGGAUACAAUCUGGACUUAACGUGCUAGACUGUCCUGAUAAUUUAGUAUCGUCUCUUCAGAUCGGAGAUAACAUUUGCAGCAAUAUAUUCAAUGAUACCCAGGCUAUCAUUAAUACACCGUCUUCCCAUAAACCUGAUGAUUUGGAAUGGUAUAAAAUAAAUUAAUAAAAG